CUUCCUCUCUCUGCUGCUGGUGCCCCUGCUGCUGGGCUCUGCGCGCGGCUUGCGCGCGGAGCUGACCUGGAAACCUGCUUGGCCACUGUCCUUUCUAAGGAACUCGCCUUCCAGAGCCUGCCCACACAGAACUGGCAGGGGACCCUCUUAGGAGCAGAGAAAAUGGCGAUCUUCAGGCAGCUGUCCUUGGGCAUGAAGGCCGCCCUGGCUGCUGGCACUGUCCUCGUGUCCAUCAUUGUCUCCCGCUCUUAUUUGGCGGGGAGCCUUGAGCUCGGGGCCUGGCGUUGUCUGUUCCGCCUGCAGCUUGCCCUGUUUGCCAACUCGCUCAUGCUUAUAGGCUCCCUCUACAUCUGGCGUAGCACGGUCAGCAACCUGAGCCAUUCCCCAGCCACAGAGUCGGUCUGUUUUAAGCUUUGGAAGAUGGCUGUUGUGACAUUUCUGGCCCUGGCCCAUUCCAGUUUCUUCACCAUGCUCUUUUUAGUGGCCGAGGAGCCCUAUCUCUUUUCCUUGGCUGCCUACUCCUGCCUCGGGGCGUACAUCAUCAUGCUCUUCUUCCUGUGUACCCUCAGCGGCAUGGAGCAGGCCUUUCAGUUCCUGGCCUGGCGCAGUGGUCGGGUCGUGGGCAGCCUUGACAAGACAAGGAAGCUGGCACUCAGGCCGGCCCUGACAGUGGUGGUGACUGCUGUGCUCAGCGUAGUCGGGCUUCUGAACGCUGCCCAGCCCCCGGCGGUGAAAACCGUGGAGGUGCCCAUCCAUCAGCUGCCCCCCUCUAUGGACAACCUCAAGAUAGCACUCCUCUCAGACAUUCACUUGGGCCCCACAGUGGGCAGGACCAAGAUGGAGAUGUUCGUGAGGAUGGUGAACGUGCUGGAACCAGAUGUCACGGUGAUUGUGGGUGACCUCUGUGAUUCAGAAGCCUCGACCCUCCGGAUGGCUGUCGCUCCUUUGGGCCAGCUUCAUUCGCGCCUCGGCACCUACUUCGUCACAGGCAAUCACGAGUACUACACGUCAGAUGUCAGCAACUGGUUUGCGCUGCUGGAAUCCCUGGAUGUCAAGCCCCUUCACAAUGAGAACGUGAAGAUUUCUGCCACACGGGCCCAGCGUGGUGGUGGUGAGGAUGGCGACUGGAUCUGCUUGGCUGGGGUGGAUGAUAUUGAAGCAGACAGCCUGCACUACUCUGGCCAUGGCAUGGAUCUCGAGAAGGCCCUGGGAGGCUGCAGCCCAGACCACACCACCAUCUUGCUAGCUCACCAGCCCCUGGCUGCCAAGAGAGCCCUUCAAGCUCGGCCAGAUAUCAACUUGAUCCUUUCUGGGCACACACAUGCUGGGCAAAUCUUCCCCUUGAACGUCGCAGCCUAUUUCCUGAACCCCUUCUUUGCUGGUCUUUACCAAGUGGCCCAGACUACAUUUGUAUAUGUCAGCCCAGGCACGGCCUAUUAUGGGAUACCCAUGAGAUUGGGUAGCAGGGCAGAGAUUACGGAGCUCAUCCUGCAGCGAGCUCCCUUAACCCGGCCCUGACCCCCAUACGCCUCUUAAUUGCCCUUGACCUUCCCUCUCUGUCCCUCAGAAGCAGAGCAGGUUGCCUGCUUCACCCACUCCAGCCUCUCCUGCCCAGCCCUGCCAACACACGCUUGUCACAAGCCUGGCUUGAACAGUGAUUUGUGGUGGGGCUGCCUGGCAGGUUCAGGCAGGUUAACUCUGUAAAUGGCCAGUUGCUUUUUUAAAUACAUUUGUGAGGCCACUAAAGUCACACAUGUAAGAACAGACAUCUAUUUUCCAGAUAUGGAGUAAGCCCUCCUCCUGCAGAGCUCACCCAGAUGAACCGAAACAUGGAGUUGCUCAAAAGGGAUAGAUCUGGAAAGCAGAGUAGGGAAGGAACUCUUGGUGGUUUUAAACCCUCUUUAGGAUUUAGGCAGUUUCCAGAAUCAUUGAUCCAGAGCUUUCUAGGAAAGGGGCAGUGUUGCUAGGUAAUCUCAGAGAAAUGGAGAGACCGAGGCCCCCUGGCUGCUGGAGAAGAGUGUUUUCUUUUUCCUCUUGGUUCUGUCAGAGUCACCUCUAUUGGGGACAUCAGCAAAACCCGCUGGAAUGCAGUGCUCAUCCUGUUCCGGGCCUUGAGUGAUGCUGUUUAACUGCCUGUGCUCCUAGCCCUUAGGAUUUGGGGUGGGGAGGAAAGAAAUGGUGAGCACCGUGGUAGGUGAUGGUGAUGGGUCUUGCUACUUAGGAAUUCAGAGGGUGUUUGCCUCCCUUGUCUCUUUUUUUGUGUGUGUGAGGAAGAUCAGCCCUGAGCUAACAUCCAUACUAAUCCUCCUCUUUUUGCUAAGGAAGACCGGCUCUAAGCUAACAAUAUUGCCAAUCCUCCUCCUUUUUUUUUUUCCCCAAAGCCCCAGUAGAUAGUUGUGUGUCGUAGUUGCACAUCCUUCUAGUUGCUGUAUGUGGCCUCAGCAUGGCCGGAGAAGCAGUGCGUUGCUCCGGCCGGAGAAGCCGGAGAAGGUGUGCGCCCGGGAUGCGAACCCGGGCCGCCAGUAGCGGAGCGCGUGCACUUAACCGCUAAGCCACGGGGCCGGCCCCCUUGUCUCCUUUUAUACAACGCCUGGGUGAGGUAAUUAGGGACGGCUACUUUUCCCUAUUUAGAAAUGAGGAAAUUGAGGCAAAGAGACGUGGGGCAUUGGCAACAUGACAAGGUAUGGAGGAGAUUCCGGGCUAGAAGCCAGGUCUUCUACUUCCGGAUGAAAGUGUUCUUUCCACCAUAUGAUUGUUAGGUAGCUGUAUCUGUCACAAGUGAGUACAGGAUUCCAACACAGUUAACAAUGUAAAGAGAACAAACAAGGGCCUAGAACCUGAUGUUCUUUCAAAGUGGUUUGCUUGAGGCUAAUUUCAGUUCACCCAUGACUACGUGGGCCAGGGCCUGGAAGGGGGUCGGCUUGUUUCAGUGUAGGAUAUCUUUCACAUUGGAGGAAGAGUCAGGAAGCUGGAGCCCCUCACCCUAGGUUUGGGUCUGAUUUUUUGUGAGAAACUGAGGUUCACUCUCUUCAGGGGAGAAGUUGAGGCUUGCGUAGGGAGGGGCGGGGCUCUGUGCUCUGGCAGGGCCUCGAGGCCUUCUCUCUCCCUGGGCCCCGGCUGUGAAAUGCUGGGACUGUCCUUCCUGCUGGACAGCUUCCAACCCCACCUCUACACCCCCUACCUCUGGCCUGACCCCAUCAGAGCUGUCCUAGGGCUCUGGCCACAGAACCAUAGGGCCAUCCCUGCUGGCCGCUAGACCUAUAGGAAAACAGGCAGAGGUUACUGUGUCCUGAGUGACCCCACCCCUGUUGGCCUGGCCCUUGUGCCAGAGAUGAGAGACCUUUGAUCCUUGGGUAGCAAUAAGCACUCCUGUUAGAAAAGGCCUCACUGAGAAGACUGAGGACCUGGGCUCAGCAUUGACUUUUUUUGUGAUUGAGAGUCUUUCUCCAAUAGGGAACAAGACACCAUCUGACAGGAGAGGCUCACCCUGCUGCUCACUGGUCAGGCAGCGUUGGGUAAAUGACUUGACCUCACUGAGGCUUGGUUUCCCUCACCUGAAAAUGAGGAUAAUUAUUGUGUCUACCUCAAGAUUGUUUCCUGAGGAGGGUACUGAGACAUGGUGCAUGAGUUGCCUGUGGCGCAGUCACACAAGAAGCGCUCAACGUUGUUAAUUUUUAACAUCACACCAGAGCUUGCUAAGGAACUCUGUUGGGCACAGGUACCCAGAGAAUUUAUGGAGCCACCAACCCUCGGGAAUGUGAUAGAAAGCAUGCCAUCUACUGCUGGGGCCCAGAGAUUUGUCAAAGCAGCGACUGCUGGGGGUUCACUUUCCUCUGCUGUGUUAAUGCCUCCUGUGCACACUCUGCCUGGCCAGAGGGAGCUUCAUUUCCUCCUUGUCCUCCUGGUGUAUAAUGGAACCCUGGGGGACCCUGGAGACCACCCUUCUUGUUUCCGGGCAGCCAAGAUAUUGACAGCAGGCCUUCCAGUCAAGUUUAAAAUGUGUCUUUUGAGUCAAAGUUUCAGUGGUUUCUUUAUUUGUCCCCCUUCAUGUUUAGUUGUCCUUACAGCCAGGAAUAAGUUUGGAGAAAAACUUAUGCAGAACAGAGGACGGGACCCCGGAGAGCCUUUCUGUUAACACAUUUUGCAGAUGAUAGGAUGAUAGGAGAGGUAAAGUGCCUGGCUCGGGACAGCGGCCCGGCUCCCGAGUCCCUCACUCCCUUCUCCAUGGCACCACUCCAAGCUCAUCACCCCUCGUGGCCUCAGGAAGGUUGCUCUUCCAAACCCUCUCGCUUUCUUGUGAACUGACCUUGUUCAGUUUUGGAUCAUUGUUGUAGGCUUUUCAGUUCUCUUUGGUUUGGACUUCCUGAAACUACACUAGUUGAUGCUAUUUGUCGUCUACCCUUCGGUGCAGCUGGUAGUGUUUGACUCGCAUGCUACACCAGUUAUGUCACCGGUUUCUUAAUUUUGGAUCCUUCUCAUCAGUGCUCUGAGCUCUUUGAAAUUAGCUUCCAUCAGUCCUAUUUUUUAUCUUGCAUCUUUGUCUCUUUUCUUUCACUUGAGUGCCCUCAUUUUGCAGUUUGGUGUACCCUUCAUCCUUGCUUGAUUGAUUCUUCUCUAUCAACAGAAACAAAACAGGCCCAUCUUAUGUAUCCAAGGAAUAGUCAGCAACUCUCAUGCUUAGUUUGAGUUCUACGAUGUGAUGGAAAUUUUCCCAGCAGAAAUUUCUCCAUUACUGUCCAGAUAUGGCUCUGGUGGGCCACUCUCCACAGCACUCUUUGUAUCUCUGGUCCUGUUUUUCACUCAUUUACCUUCUUUGUUUUCUUUGUUUGUGGCUGGAGGAGGUAGUGAGAAACAUUUACUUGAAGCUUGAAAAUCCUUUCAAUUUCAUGUUAGUUUCCUUUUUUUUUUGAUGAGUUAAUUCAAGUUGAAAUAUAAUGCUUUUUUAAAAUUAACAAUAGCCUGUUUAAUGUGAUACUAUUGUUAUAAAACUCAAUAAAUUAA